UCUGGAAAGCUUAUAAAAGCCUGAUGUAAUCCUUAAUGCAGCCCCUGGCUACAAAGACUGGAUCUAGUUUCACAGAGAGAGAUUCAGAAGCAGAAUUUAAAAAAAGAAAAAGAAAAAGAAAAAAAAAAAGAAAAGUGGGGGGAGAAGAGAGAGAAAGAAGGAAAAGCAGACGAGUGGAUUUUAAACAAACAUAUCUUUCUGAAGAAGACCAUUCUCGCUCCUCGCUGCUGGGAAAGCUACUCUGAACCCUGCUGUAUAAUUUUUUUUUUUUCCAAAGGAGAAGACUUGAUUGUCUGCUUGGAUCUAAUGAUUUACUGGCUUUUAACUGCGUUUUCCCUCUCUCCUAAGGAUUCCUCAAAAAACGGCUUAAUUAUUUUCGGCUUUUCUCUUCUACCUGCCUGUCUGCAGAGACACCAAAGGUUCUCCCUUCCUUUCCCUCCCCACCCCCAUUUCUUUUAGGAUUUUUCCCCCCUUUUCCCUUUAAUAGAUACAUAUAUAUAUAUAUAAAUGUGUAUGUAUAUAUAUAUGUAGAGGCGAGAGUGGAGGAAGAGGAGGGAGGGAGAGCUCUGCCAUCCUUUGGACUUCACGCGCUGCCCAAUGUUGGGCUGGUUACCCCUGGAUAUGUUGCUGGUUUCCAUUUGGAAUUUGACAAAGGGAAGAAGGAGGAUAUAAAACCUGGGGAGCUCGGCAAGGUGUUCUUUAUGGCCACAGGAGGGAGCUCAAAUCCAGAUAUGGGAGGAUUGGCUUGAUUUCAGAUCCAGAGCCUCUUAAACUCGCGUUUUUCCUAUAAGCUGGUCCCUGUUAUGUCCAGGAUCUGGCGCCUGCUUGACAUUUACUUUGAGUUCCAGAGGACCAGAGACCUAGGAUGAGGAGCAUUGGAUCUGCCCUGAACCUGCUUUUGGUAUCUCCACUCUACUUUGUGUGGACCGUGGUCGCUCUGGACCUGGCACAAACUCCCUGCACCACUUUGGUCCAAGGGAAAUUCUUUGGGUAUUUCUCCUCCUUCGCCGUCUUCCCGUUGAACUCCUCCCUCUGCUCUUGGAUUAUCCAGAACCCCGACCCCCGCAGGUACACUUUGUACAUGAAGAUCCUCAAGCCCGCCGGCGUAUGUGACCACCAGCACAUCCGCACCUACCAGUUCGACUCCUUCCUGGAGUCCACCCGCACCUACCUGGGCAUGGAGAGCUUUGACGAUGUGUUGAAGCUCUGUGAUGGCUCCACACGCUUUGCCUUCCUCCAGUCCAACAAGCAGUUCCUGCAGAUGAAGCAGACGGCCCCUCCGGGGGUGGACACCUGGCCCAUGAGGUGGAAGCCCACCAAAGCUCAGGAGAGGGACUUCUCGGUGGAAUACCUGGUGGUGGGCAACAGGAACCCCAGCAAAGCCGCCUGCCAGAUGCUCUGCAAGUGGCUGGACGCCUGCCUGGCCAUCAGCAGCAGCUCCCACCCCUGUGGCAUCAUGCAGACCCCGUGCUCCUGCUCGGGAGGGGAGGUCCUGGAUCAGGCCAGCGAGGUCCUGGGGUUCACCAGGAAGAAGGAGGAUUGCUAUAAGGAUGGGAUUUACUUGGAGAACUGCGUGAGCAGCCCUAAGGACACCAACGGAGCGGAGUUCCUGGGUGGUUGGAACUCGUGGUCGGCUUGGGGCGACUGCACCAAGGACUGCGGGGGAGGCCUCCAGACCCGCAUGCGCUCCUGCAAACCCCUUCCCAAGGAGGGCCUCGGCUGCGAGGGAGUCCUGGAGGAGGGUCGGCUGUGCAAUAGGAAGGCGUGCAAUACCAAUGGACGCUAUAAUUCCAGAAGCCAAUCGCUGAGGUCCACAGAUAACAGAAAGCGAGAGGACCCUGACGAACUGCAGCACUACGGGUACCCUGCACCUCAAAUAGGUGACCCUGCAGCAGAGGAGUGGUCCCCCUGGAGCGUGUGCUCGACCACCUGCGGGGAGGGCUGGCAGACCAGGACCAGGUUCUGCGUGUCGUCUUCCUACAGCACCCAGUGCAGUGGCCCCCUCCGGGAGCAGAGACAGUGCAACAACUCUGCCGUGUGCCCAGUUCACGGCACCUGGGACGAGUGGUCUCCGUGGAGCUUGUGCUCCUCCACGUGUGGGAGAGGCUACAGGGACCGCACCCGAACCUGCAAACCCCCCCAGUUCGGGGGCAACCCCUGCGAGGGCCCCGAGAAGCAAACCAAGUUCUGCAACAUCGCGCUUUGCCCAGUGGACGGCAACUGGAACGAGUGGUCGAGCUGGAGCUCCUGCUCCGCCUCCUGCUCCAACGGGACCCAGCAGAGGACCAGGGAGUGCAAUGGACCCUCCUACGGCGGAGCCGAGUGCCAGGGACACUGGGUGGAGACCAGGGACUGCUUCCUGCGCCAGUGCCCAGUGGAUGGGAAGUGGCAGGCCUGGGGAGUGUGGGGCAGCUGCACCGCCACGUGUGGGGGUGGAACUCAGAGACGUGACCGUGUGUGCUACGGACCCUUCUUCGGUGGAGAGACUUGCCAGGGUCCCAAGGAGGAGUAUAAGCAGUGCAAUGACAGAAAGUGUCCUGAGCCCCAUGAAAUCUGUGAUGAGGAAAGCCUUGGCUCUGUGGUUUGGAAGGAGACUCCAGCAGGGGAUGCUGCCGCUGUCCGGUGUCCCCGCAAUGCCACUGGGCUGAUCCUCCGAAGAUGCAUUUUAGAUGAGGAAGGCAUCGCUUACUGGGAGCCCCCAACAUACAUCAAGUGUGUUUCUAUUGAUUACAGGAACAUACAGAUGAUGACCAGGGAACAUCUUUCCAAGGCUCAGCGUGGGUUGAUGGGAGAUGGGCUGUCAGAUGUGCUCCAGAACCUGGUGGAAAUCUCCCAGGAUGGGACCAGCUACAGUGGGGACUUGCUGUCCACCAUGGACGUACUCAGGAACAUGACAGAGAUCUUCCGUAGGGCUUAUCACAGCCCCACCUCUGGAGAUGUCCAGAACUUUGUCCAGAUCCUCAGCAAUCUUUUAUCGGAGGAAAACCGGGAGAAAUGGGAGGAAGCUCAGCUGAUAGGGCCAAAUGCCAAGGAGCUGUUCAGGCUCGUGGAGGAUUUCAUUGAUGUCAUCGGCUUCCGCAUGAAGGAUUUCCGGGAUUCCUACCAAGUGACAGACAAUCUGGUCCUCGGCAUUCACAAACUGCCUGCGAAUGCAGCGACCGACAUCACCUUCCCCAUGAAAGGCUGGAGGGGCAUGGUGGACUGGGCCAAGAACUCAGAGGACAAGGUCACUGUCUCCAAGAGUAUCCUGUCUUCAGGGCUCUCAGUGUCGGACGACUCCUCCGUCUUCGUGGUGGGGACUGUGCUGUACCGGAACGUGGGCAACAUCCUCUCCCUCCAGAGGAACAGCACUGUUCUGAACUCCAAAGUCAUCUCGGUGACUGUGAAGCCAUUUCCUCGCUCCCUCCUCACCCCUUUGGAAAUCGAAUUCUCCCACCUGUACAACGGAACCACCAACCAGACCUGCAUCCUCUGGGAUGAAAAUGAUGGAGCCUCCGCCUCCGCCUGCCCCCGCCCGGCGCCUGGUCCUGGCGCGGCUGCCGAACGGUCCCGCUCGACGCCUCCCGGACCAAGUGUCUGUGUGACCGGCUCUCCGCCUUCGCCAUCUUAGCCCAGCUCAGCCCGACAUGAACAUGGAAAAGGUGCUGGUCCCUUCUGUCACGUUAAUUGUAGGCUGUGGAGUAUCUUCGCUGACACUUUUGCUGUUGAUUAUCAUUUAUGU